UUCAUUUUUGUAGUUAUUUUUAUUGUGUCUUUUAUAUUGUGUUUUUAUGUUAAAUGGUGUAAGGUGACCUUGGGUGUUAGAAAACUUGCCAAUAAAAUGUAUUGUUAUUUAUUAUCAUUUUAGUUGAGCAUAGUGAAGAUGAAUUAGAAUUAACAUGACAAAGAUGAUGAGCUGCUAGGUGAAAGUGGCAGACAUAUUUUCUCUCAAAUAGAGUAAAAAAACUAUAUCAUUUACUCUAUUUCACAUUUUUUUCUGUUUCUGCUACAGGAUUUAUGUCCACCAGAACAUGUAGAGCAACAAGCUGCAAAGUCAUACAGAUCAAUAAAGGCAUCAUCAACCGCUCAGCAUGGCAUCUUCCCCUGGGUUAAGUCUGGACCCUUUACCCAUGCUUCAACUCCAUGACGGGGACUACAGCAAAGCUUCAGAGAGGCCGACCUCACCAGGGCUUCUCCCUACUAUGUACAGUCCUCCAAUGGGCAUAGAGGGCCACACCGUUUGCAUCCCCUCUCCUUACACAGAUAGUAGACAUGACUACCACGGACAUCUACCCUUGACUUUCUACAGUCCUUCGGUGCUGAGCUAUACCAGAGCACCCAUCGCUGACAGUCCAUCAUCCAUGUGUCCCCCUCUGAGUCCCUCUGCCUUUUGGCCCUCUCACAACCACCACAGCAUACCUUCUUUGACUCUGCACUGCACCCAACCUCUUGUCUACAAUGAACCAAACCCACAAGGACCCUGGCUUGAGUCAAAAUCCCAUGGCAUGAACCCAAACAGCUCUGUCAUCAGCUGUAACAAGCUGCAGCGGAAGAAAUCAGAAGAAGCAGGAGAAGAAAUAAAGUCCUCUUCAUGUUCAUCUGCUGUAGGGAAAGCUGACAUGCACUUCUGCGCUGUCUGUCAUGACUAUGCCUCUGGGUACCACUACGGUGUGUGGUCAUGUGAAGGUUGCAAAGCUUUUUUCAAGAGAAGUAUUCAGGGACACAACGACUACAUUUGCCCUGCCACAAAUCAAUGCACUAUUGACAAGAACCGACGUAAAAGCUGCCAGGCCUGCCGUUUACGGAAAUGCUACGAAGUAGGCAUGAUGAAGUGUGGUAAGCAUAAUUUUACUAAUAUUCUUUACAUUUUGCCAUCUUGCGAUAGUGUUGUUCUAGGGCUACAUCAUGAUUAUCCACAUGAGCUGCUGCUGACCAAACCCUCCUAACUUAGUGUUUACAUCAGCACCUCAGACCUCUGGCUACAAGCAGAGUGGUACAAACAUACAUCUUUGACCCAGAAGAAGAAGUGGUGCCUUCUGAACAACCAUCACA